AUGGAAAUCGCUGACCCAUAUGACCCCGUUACUAGUGGAGUUUCUUCCGUUUCUUUGGUUGCUCCUACAGAAGAGCUUUUUUAUACUACUGUCGCUUUUUACACCGACCUUGGCUUCGACGAGGCUUUCGUAUACGAUCGGACUCAUCCCACGGUUAAACGCGAGGAUGAUCAUUGCCGCGCCUCCGAGAAGGAGACGUGGUUAUACUCUCAGGGAGAGGCCGGCGACGGCACAGAUGUCAAUCUCAAGAUCCGCUACGUAGCGGAAGCCGUUCAUUUUAAAGACAGCCAUGACGGAUCUCGAAGACAGUCAGUAAUUCCUCUCCCCCUUCCCCCAAACAGCAAGGAAUCGUAUGACUGGAGGGGAAAGUCGAUGAGUGUCAUCUUGUACACUCCAGCCCUGGACAGGGUAAUCAAGCUUCUUUCGGAGAAGAGGAUUACCUUCCAGCCCCAACCCAACGAGACGGAGCCCUCCGAAGUGUACACCCAUGACCCAUUAGGAACACUGGUCGGUUUUACUUCUAAAGCGAAUCCGUUUACUAGAGUCGGUCCCGGACGUGGACUGGGCGUUCCAAGGGAAUCGAAGGUUCGAGACCAGACGAGACCCAGUACCCCUGGUAGGUUGAAAAAGCGAAUUGCUGUCAUGACUAGUGGUGGUGACGCACCAGGGAUGAAUGCAGCUGUUAGAGCAGUGGUCAGGAUGAGCAUUGCGCAAGGAUGUGAGGCCUACGCAAUCUAUGAGGGAUACGAGGGAUUGGUGCAGGGGGGGAAGUUUAUUAAGAGAAUGCAUUGGGAGGAUGUCCGAGGUUGGCUCUCCGAGGGUGGGACCUUGAUCGGGACAGCUAGGUGCAAGGCGUUCACGGAGCGUACAGGGAGGUUACGAGGGGCAAAGCAUUUGGUCUUGGCCGGAAUCGAUGCUCUCGUCGUAUGCGGUGGUGAUGGUUCUCUGACUGGAGCUGAUAUCUUUCGUAGCGAGUGGCCUGGGUUAUUGGCAGAAUUGACCAAGCUGGGGGAGAUCUCUGAGGAUCAGUGCUCAUCUUUCAAGACCCUCAACAUUGUUGGUUUGGUAGGAAGUAUCGAUAACGACAUGUCUUCUACAGACGCGACCAUUGGCGCUUAUAGUUCUCUUACGAGAAUUUGCCAGGCGGUGGAUUUCAUUGAUGCUACGGCCUACAGUCACUCUCGGGCUUUCGUUGUUGAGGUUAUGGGAAGGCAUUGUGGCUGGCUGGCGUUAAUGGCCGGGUUGAGCACCGGUGCCGAUUUUGUUUUCCUGCCGGAAAAGCCACCCCAAGAUAAAUGGGAAAAGGAGAUGUGUCGUAUUAUUAAGACGGUAGACCCAAACCCAUCCACCCACCCGCCCAUAGUUUGAAUUGCAUUUACUGAGUGAUAUCAGCAUCGUGCGGCAGGAAAACGCAAGACCAUCGUCAUUGUCGCCGAAGGUGCAAUUGAUAGAGAGUUGAAACCAAUUACAGCGACUUAUGUCCGAGAUAUCCUCGUGGAUGAACUGAGAUUGGACACUAGAAUCACAACCCUCGGUCACGUACAGCGUGGCGGAACUGCCUGUGCAUUCGACAGGAUUCUUGCUACGCUACAAGGUGAGGAGGCCGUUAAAGCUGUAUUAGAGUCUACUCCAGACAUUCCAAGUCCGAUGAUUGCGAUCAACGAAAACAAGAUUACCCGAAAGCCUCUAAUGGAUGCUGUUCGACUGGUAAAUUCAAAUUAUCCUCUACUUGAUGGUAACUGCUAAUGUUUGUUGAUUUAGACCAAGGCUGUGGCGGAAUGCAUAAAAAACAAAGAUUUUGCAGGGGCCAUGGAUCUGAGAGACCCGGAAUUUGAAGAAUACCAUCGGGCGUAUAUGGCGACGACAAAGCCAGAUGAGCUGUCCGAGAAAGCGCCUGAAGACAAGGUCGGAUGAUCCCAAACCACUUGUGGAUUUUUUCUUCUUUUUUUUUUCCACUUGCUGACAAAAAGCAGAGGAUGAGAAUUGCGAUCAUUCAUGUUGGAGCCCCGGCAGGAGGGAUGAACGCAGCUACACGUGCGGCAGCUACUUUUUGUCUUAAUAGAGGACAUCGCCCAUUCGCUAUACACAACGGAUUCCCCGGUCUGGUUCGCCACGACUCUGUUCGGGAGUUGAACUGGCUUACAGUGGAGGGCUGGGCCAUUCGUGGCGGCUCUGAGAUCGGAACUAAUCGCUCUCUGCCAUCCGAAGACAUGGGAAUGGUUGCAUGGUACUUCCAGCGAUACAAAUUUGACGGUCUCCUCAUUAUUGGUGGCUUUGAAGCAUACCAUGCGCUCACUGAGCUCCAUAGCGCUAGAGAUAGUUACCCCGCGUUCAGAAUUCCUAUGAUUUGUCUGCCAGCUACAAUUAGCAACAACGUUCCUGGAACGGAGUUUUCAAUUGGGAGCGAUACUUGCUUGAACGCACUUAUUGAGUACUGCGAUGCUAUCAAACAGAGUGCAAGUGCUAGUAGAAGAAGGGUAUUUGUCGUGGAAUGUCAAGGGGGAAGGUCUGGUUAUGUGGCUACUAUGGCUGGACUCUCAGUUGGCGCCCUGGCUGUAUACACACCCGAAGAGGGUAUAAAUCUCAAUAUGUUGAAGAAUGAUAUUGAUCAUCUCCGAGAGAGUUUUGCGAACGAUAAAGGAAUGAAUAGGGCAGGGAAAUUAAUUCUGAGGUUUGUUUGCUGCAAGAAUCUACACAGUGCGAACUACUAAAUAUUUCAUAGGAACGAGAAAGCCUCCAAGACCUACACCACCGAAAUCAUUGCUGAAAUCAUCCGCGAGGAAGCAAGUGGUCGGUUUGAAUCCCGUACUGCUAUUCCUGGGCACGUCCAGCAAGGUGGCACUCCGUCUCCUAUGGAUCGUGUCCGGGCGGUAAGAAUGGCCGUUAAGUGCAUUCAAUUUCUUGAGUUGAAUAAGAAGCCUCCCAAAGAGGUUUUUGAAGACCCAAGCACGAGCGCAGUCAUUGGUGUUAGGGGAGCAAGUAUUGUGUUUACUUCAGUUGAAGAUCUUCGCGGGGUUGAAACCGAUUGGGAUUCAAGAAGACCAAGAAAGGCAUUCUGGCUAGACUAUAGGGGUUUGGUGAAUACCCUCGGCGGACGUGCUGGAACACCAACGGGCUAGAAAGCAGAGUUUUAGGGUCGUUUAUGUCUAUUUGGUUUUCAGCAGUUUUUACCCGCCCUUCGUUGUGGGUUGGGUGGGAAGUGGUUGGGGCAGAUCGGAGCAGGCAGGGAUGGGAGCGAUAGAGGGUGUGUUACUCGCGUAGAGAAUGUUUUUCUAAGUCUACUGCAUAAAUCUAUUACGUCCAAUGAUGGAGUUUGGUAGUGAAGUGAGGGAUAGUUUUGUAGUUGUAGGACUGCAUUCGCCCUUUUAUGAUGAAUUGGUGCAAUUUUUCCUGAUGGAUUGCACCUUAACUACAGCCAAUUGCGGGUAGUGGAAUAGCUAUUGAGUACUUUGGCUUGCGGUGUCAUGACUAUGGUACCACAUUCUCCCCUGUAAUAGUGAUAUGUGCUGUCGAAUUUCUUUACCCUGUAUUACGCUAAACAUUUGUUUUGCAAUAUUGGUAUUAGACCGAGACCAAAUGGGGUAGUCUGGCGUCACAUUAUCAAGUUUGUCAGUUCCCUGUACUGUACCGUACUCGAGUACCCGGUAGUGGGGCUCAAUGCUUGUGUAUUCUGGGAUGAUAAUUAUGAACUAAAGUUAAGGUUCCGGAAGAUU